AGGUAGAAAAAUAAAAGUAGAGAGAGAAAGACACGAUCCUUUUGCCUCAGUUAAAGAAUUUUUUUUCUUCUAAUUUUUUAUUAAAUUUAUUUUUCUGCUUUGGGUUGCGAAUUGUGUGUGAGAAUUCAGAUUGCUCCUCCGUCCCGUUUUGUUUCGUUCACCACCGCUUCUUUCAUUUCUUUGUUUUUCGCACAGACAGAGAGCGAAAACACAGAGAGAGAAAGAGAGACGAAAUAACCUAAUUGAAUUUUCCUCUAUUUUUGGAAAAUUUGCGUGCGUGAAAAUCUUAAUUUGAAUUGGAGGAGCGGAGGAUCUGUCUUAGGGUUUUUAAUAGCAAUUUUUUGAACCGAAUCGAAAUGUUGGCUCAGGACGCGGUUUCGCGGGAAUUCUAGCUCCGAUCUUAGAGCAAUUGCUCGAAUCUUAGGGUUAAGAAAUGGACGUUGAUUCCUCGAUGUUGCCGGAGGCCGAUCACGAUUCGGCGGUGCAGAACCAUGCUGAGAGAGACCAGUUAAAAGAGUCACCGCCUCCUCCGUCGCCGCCGCCUUUGUCGACGGCAGGUGGAUCUCAGGCUCAGUCGCCGUCGCAACAGCAGCCGUCUUCGCCGGUGACGGGGGGUCAGGUGCAGCAUAGUCCGGUGGUUGGUCCGAGACUCGCGCCGACUUACUCAGUGGUGAAUGCUAUUUUGGAGAAGAAGGAGGAUGGGCCGGGACCGCGGUGCGGUCACACGUUGACGGCGGUGGCGGCGGUCGGAGAGGAGGGGACGCCGGGGUACAUUGGUCCGAGGCUGAUUUUGUUCGGCGGUGCAACUGAGCUUGAAGGGAAUUCUGCGGCCUCAGGGACUCCUUCAUCCGCUGGAAAUGCUGGCAUACGUUUAUCUGGUGCCACUGCUGAUGUCCACUGUUAUGAUGUCAUAACUAAUAAAUGGUCUAGGAUAACUCCCAUUGGUGAACCGCCAACGCCUAGGGCUGCACAUGUGGCAACUGCUGUGGGAACUAUGGUUGUUAUUCAGGGUGGCAUCGGUCCUGCUGGUUUGUUUGCUGAGGAUCUUCAUGUUCUUGAUCUCACUCAGCAACGACCACGAUGGCAUAGAGUUGGUGUUCCUGGCCCUGGACCAGGACCACGCUAUGGACAUGUUAUGGCUUUGGUGGGGCAGAGGUAUCUCAUGGUAAUUGGAGGCAAUGAUGGAAAGAGACCUUUGGCUGAUGUAUGGGCUUUGGACACAGCUGCCAAGCCUUAUGAAUGGCGCAAGUUGGAGCCAGAAGGAGAGGGUCCACCUCCAUGCAUGUAUGCAACUGCCAGUGCACGAUCUGAUGGGCUUCUUCUGCUUUGUGGAGGGAGGGAUGCCAAUAGUGCUCCAUUGGCAAGUGCAUAUGGACUUGCUAAGCAUAGAGAUGGUCGUUGGGAAUGGGCCAUUGCUCCUGGUGUCUCACCAUCUCCAAGAUAUCAACAUGCAGCGGUAUUUGUUAAUGCAAGGCUUCAUGUGUUUGGUGGGGCUCUUGGGGGAGGACAGAUGGUUGAAGAUUCAUCAAGUGUUGCAGUGUUGGACACCGCUGCUGGUGUUUGGUGUGAUACAAAAUCUGUUGUUACCAGUCCAAGAACAGGUAGAUACAGUGCUGAUGCUGCUGGUGGAGAUGCAUCAGUUGAGUUGACACGGCGUUGUAGGCAUGCUGCCGCAGCUAUCGGUGACCUGAUUUUUAUCUAUGGUGGUUUGCGUGGGGGGGUCUUGCUGGACGAUCUACUUGUUGCUGAAGAUCUUGCUGCUGCUGAAACAACAGCUGCUGCUUCACAUGCAGCAGCUGCAGCUGCAUCUAAUGUACAAGCUGGACGACUACCUGGACGAUAUGGUGGAUUUGUUGAUGAUAGGACAAGGCAAACCAUGAUUGAAGCAACUCCGGAUGGUGCUGUUGUUUUGGGAAAUCCAGUUGCACCCCCUGUAAAUGGGGACAUACAUACUGAUAUCAGCACUGAAAAUGCCUUACUCCCAGGAUCUAGGCGAACAAGCAAAGGAGUUGAAUAUCUAGUUGAAGCAUCAGCUGCAGAAGCUGAAGCUAUUAGUGCCACACUGGCUGCUGCCAAAGCACGGCAAGUAAAUGGGGAAGUUGAAUUGCCUGACCGAGAUCGUGGGGCUGAGGCAACACCUAGUGGGAAACAAAUAUAUUCCUUGAUUAAGCCUGAUUCUUCUGCGUCAAAUAGCAUUCCUCCUGGUGGAGUGAGGCUGCAUCACAGAGCUGUGGUUGUUGCUGCAGAGACUGGUGGUGCAUUAGGUGGCAUGGUUAGACAGCUUUCAAUUGAUCAGUUUGAGAAUGAAGGCAGGCGAGUCAGUUAUGGGACUCCUGAAAGUGCAACAGCUGCUAGGAAGUUAUUAGAUCGGCAGAUGUCUAUCAAUAGUGUACCAAAGAAGGUUGUAGCUCACCUCUUAAAGCCACGUGGUUGGAAACCUCCGGUUCGCCGACAGUUUUUCUUGGACUGCAAUGAAAUUGCGGAUCUUUGUGAUAGUGCAGAACGAAUAUUUUCAAGUGAACCAAGCGUCAUACAGCUUAGGGCUCCAAUUAAAAUAUUUGGUGAUUUACAUGGGCAAUUUGGAGAUCUCAUGCGCCUCUUUGAUGAGUAUGGCUCACCAUCCACGGCUGGUGACAUAGCAUACAUCGACUAUCUAUUCCUUGGAGAUUAUGUUGAUAGGGGUCAACACAGCCUGGAAACUAUUAGCCUUCUGCUUGCCCUGAAGGUUGAGUAUCCAAACAACGUACAUUUAAUACGUGGAAAUCAUGAAGCUGCAGAUAUUAAUGCCCUUUUUGGAUUCCGAAUAGAGUGCAUCGAGAGGAUGGGUGAGAGAGAUGGAAUUUGGGCAUGGCACCGUAUAAACCGUCUGUUUAAUUGGCUUCCUCUGGCAGCACUAAUUGAGAAAAAAAUUAUUUGCAUGCAUGGGGGUAUUGGUCGUUCAAUAAACCACGUUGAACAAAUUGAGAAUAUUCAGCGUCCAAUUACGAUGGAAGCAGGAUCAAUCGUGCUUAUGGAUCUAUUGUGGUCUGACCCUACAGAGAAUGACAGUGUGGAAGGGCUGCGGCCAAAUGCUCGGGGUCCAGGAUUAGUUACUUUUGGGCCUGAUCGGGUCAUGGAAUUUUGCAACAACAAUGAUCUUCAGCUGAUUGUUCGGGCACAUGAAUGUGUGAUGGAUGGCUUUGAGCGAUUUGCUCAGGGACAUUUGAUCACACUUUUUUCUGCGACAAACUACUGUGGUACGGCAAAUAAUGCUGGGGCGAUUUUAGUUUUGGGAAGAGAUCUUGUUGUGGUUCCUAAAUUGAUUCAUCCAUUACCACCUGCAAUUUCUUCACCGGAAACAUCGCCGGAGCGACACAUUGAGGACACAUGGAUGCAGGAGUUGAAUGCCAACAGACCACCAACACCAACUAGAGGCCGUCCUCAAGUAACAAAUGACCGAGGUUCUCUUGCUUGGAUAUAGUGAUUAUUAAGGAAACCCGUAAUGUUUAUGCCUUGACGCUUGUGCUAUCGCCUGAAUUUCCGGUGUUACAUAUAUAGCAUGAUGCCAUUUACGGGGUAUUGGAGCUUGUGAUCUGAUACCCGCAGAAUGCUUGAAGGACCAAGCUUUUCUUUGUCUUGGUUCUCACUACUCAAUCAUCUGGCAUCUACAAGAUACAAGCUCGAGAAGCAAAGUUGGUAGCCACUGCUAGGUUGGUUGACUUUGACAAAGCUAGAAGUUGCAGUUUGGGUUCCCACCCAGCUGCUGUAAAUUGAGCCGUAGGUACAAAAUCAAGGUCAUGGAUGUGUGCAUCAUGGAUUGUCAGUGCUGGUUAUUUUUUUCAUUAUUUUUCUUACAUAUUUUUUACUCAUCGUCCCUAGGUUAUUGUUUUUUAAAUUUAUAUUUUAAAUGAAGAGGACGGGUUUCUUUUCUUUUUCCCUGUGAUGGUGAGAUAUAUAAAAUCAGAAAUCUUUCUUGGGGGGUCCAUGUAUCAUAGGUGUUGCUUUGUGUAAUUCCCAUCCAUGCUCUGUACAACUAACUUCUGUGUGAACCCACAUAUUCUGACAGAAAUGUGAAUUUUGAAAAUAGAAUUUUGUA